GUUCACAAUGGGCUCAAACACCCAGCAAUUUCACAACGACAUUAACCACCACGCAGUCAGCGGGAGCGCGCACCGUGGGGCGCGCAUUGGGACCCGGGCGGUAGUUACACAACAUCCGGAAGCGCAAAAAUCCUACGCGUGCUCGGAUGUCGUGAGGCGCUGUGAUCUCUUGUUUAACUCUCCCGGCUCCGUAGUGGACAUCAUGGUCGUGCUGAAAGGAAUCCCCGCGGUUCUGUCUCCCGAGCUGCUGUUCGCUCUCGCCCAAAUGGGCCACGGGGAUGAACUGGUUCUUGCUGAUGCAAAUUUUCCAGCAUCGUCCAUUUGUGCCUGCGGUCCAAAAGAGAUAAGAGCUGAUGGUUUAGGAAUCCCACAGCUUUUGGAGGCCAUUCUGAAGCUGCUGCCCCUGGACACCUACGUCCCCUCUCCGGCUGCAGUCAUGGAUCUGGUAGAGAGUGACAAACAGAGAUGUUUAGCUGUCCCUGUGUGGGACACCUACACACGGCUCCUGGGUCAGGCGGGGUGUCAGUCGCCCCUUGAGAGGGUGGAGCGGUUUUCUUUCUAUGAGCGAGCCAAGAAAGCCUACGUUGUUGUGGCAACAGGGGAAACCGCUCUGUAUGGUAAUGUGAUGCUGAAGAAAGGGGUCCUCUCCGCUGAGCUGCUACAGUGACACACACAGAAGCUAUUAAAGUAAUGACGAUUAUUUCAGUAACAAUAAAAGAUGAAAUUAAAUCUAUGGAAAAUCAAGAGAAUGUGUACAAUUUUGCAUGAAAUUUAUUUUCAGGUUUAUUCCGUUUCCACUUCAAAACAUUGUUCUUAUAAUGUUGAGGUGUGGUUUAGGUGUAGCAUAAAUCAUUUUUAUUAUUAUUAGGUAGCAAUGUUUCUAACUAUUGCGUGUUCUGGACAAAUAAAAUACCCAAAGUCUUU